AUAUUUUCAGUUAUUCCGACCAAGCAUUUAACACCAGCUUAGUGUUUGUCUAGCACUGCAUUGCUAAAUAGCGAUUACGCAAUCCCAAUAGUAAUCCACAUUAGUAUUUUUGGGUAUUCCUAAAAAUAAUAAUAAUGUUAAUUUAGCCUUGGAAAUUCGUGAGGAAUGGUAUUUAAACCCAUACUUCAAUCAUGAUCUUAUUCAGAAAUAUUUGAUCCACCAUACGACAUGAACAUCUUUUUACUGGUAACAACUUUGGUGGCAUUAGCUAUUGCAGCUCCUAAGCCUGACUGCAACUGUAACCAUUCAGGGACGUUGGAAUUUAAUUCCGGAUCAUCUUUAUCCAAUGAAUAUUCAAAUAAGCCUUCCGUCAGUUUUGUACCAUACUCUCAACAACAACCAGCAAACAGCUACAAUUAUCAAUCUGAAAAUAGUGCAUCACCGAAUCUUGGAACUAGUUAUGGUCGAGCAUCUUCCGGUGUGAAUCAAGGAAGCCCUAACUACAGCUUUGGUUCAGGAGGUAGUGCCCUUGGAAAUGGUGCAACCUAUGGUCAAUCAUCUUCAAGUGUUGGUUCAUUUAAAUCCGAUUCUAGAGCAAAUCAAGGAAACAAUAACUAUAACUAUGGUUCAGGAGUUAGUACACUUGGAAAUGGUGCUAGUGAUGGUCAAUCAUAUUCUAGUGUCAGUUCUUCAUUAGCAUCCGAUUUUGGUGCAAAUCAAGGAAACAGUAACUAUAACUUUGGUUCGGCAAAUAGUGACAGUGUAGUUACGAAUGCCGAAGCUUCAGCUUCAGCAGCAGCGUCAGCUUCAGUAACCAAACAGCUUUAUUUCUUUGAAGCUCCCCAUGACGAUGAUGAAGUAGUUAAAGCUAGAUAUGACUUACCUUCAUUGCCACCCAAGAAGACAUAUAAAAUCAUAUUCAUCAAAGCCCCAGCUUACAAAACCCAGGCUACCAUAAACCUUCCAGCACCACCCCAGAACGACGAAAAAACUCUGGUCUACGUCCUCGUUAAAAAACCUGAAACUGAUGCUAAACUUCAAACUAAAAAUGCCGCGCCAUCUCAACCUACCAAACCGGAAGUGUUCUUUAUCAAAUACAAGACCCAAAACGAAGCUCAAGAUGCAAUUGCACAAAUUCAAGGCAAAUACGGUGCUACGGGGCAAGUGAUUGCCAAUUUACCCGCCGGUAGCCAAGCAGUUGUAAAGUCUUCUGAUGGACAUAUCGUGCAAAAACCACAGUUUGUGCAUAUCAAUUCUGUGAAUGGAGUUGUGGACGGUGAUCAUGCCGCAAGUCAUAUUUCUGAAGCUAUAAGUAAUUCCAAUGUUGCUCCUCAAUCAUCACCAAAUUAUGUUCCGAUUGAACAAAGCUCCAGUCAAGGGGAGAAUACUUCUGGUGGUGGUAUUUCUCAAUCACCAACUUAUGUGUCUCUUGGACAAAGCUCUGAUGGAGGUGAAGCUAGAACAUAUUCUGGCUCCAGUGGGUCUGCAGGUGUUUCUUAUCAGCUGGGCAAUGUUGGAGGGCAGCAAGAAGGUUCAAGUGUUAUAGUUUCCAGUGCUGAAGGUGCCAGCACAACUGAUAGCAACAAUUGUGACCAUUGAAAACAAUUUCACUGUUUUUCUCAGGUAAUAAAUGAUAGGAUAUUUGUUUCUCACUGCCAUAGUUAUUGUAGUAUCAUUAUGUGAUUUAUUUAAUAAUAAAAUACUCUCUACUGUUUGUUUUGCAUUUGUGCUCUUUUGGUCACAUUUAGGUAAUUUCUGCAAUCUUUGCUUGACCUAUGCAGGUAGUAAAUAAUUAGGAUGUUGUAAAUAAAUAAAUUCGUUGAGUACUGACUAUCUCUACUAAAAUAUACCUACAAGAAGUUCAUUAAAAACACCUCAAGCUAUGUUUGUUUCGUGCUUUUGUAACAGGGAACUAUUUUGUCUAAAAAUUUCAAAGAUCCCACUCAAAAAUUUAUACAGCUUUUGUAUUUAUGCAUAUCUUUUGCCUACUACCACUAGCCAUACUUAAGACUGUAGGUGGGCUAAAAAUAUAACUGUAC